GUCGCCCAGUUCAGCGCCCGGGCUGUAAACGCCGUAGACCUGCUGAAGGUGUAGACGCGUGAUCCGAGGCUGCUUGUAACGUUCUGCUACGCCAGUCGGACACCAUGGCAGAAAAACGGGAUCCAGCCAGUGACCAGAUGAAGAUUUGGAAGGAGCAGCGGGCGGCGCAGAGUCCUGAUGUCCUCACCACCGGGGCUGGUAAUCCAAUAGGAGACAAACUUAAUAUUAUGACAGCAGGCCCCCGGGGGCCCCUCGUCGUUCAGGAUGUGAUUUUCACUGAUGAAAUGGCUCAUUUUGACCGGGAGAGAAUUCCUGAGAGGGUCGUGCAUGCUAAAGGAGCAGGGGCUUUUGGCUACUUUGAGGUCACGCACAACAUUACCAGAUACUCCAAGGCAAAGGUGUUUGAGCACAUUGGAAAGAAGACCCCCAUUGCAGUUAGAUUCUCCACUGUUGCUGGAGAAUCAGGCUCAGCUGAUACCGUUCGUGACCCUCGCGGGUUUGCAGUGAAAUUUUACACAGAGGAUGGUAACUGGGAUCUUGUUGGAAAUAACACCCCCAUUUUCUUCAUCAGGGAUGCCAUGUUGUUUCCAUCCUUUAUUCAUAGCCAAAAGAGAAACCCUCAAACGCAUCUGAGGGAUGCAGACAUGGUCUGGGACUUCUUGAGCCUGCGUCCUGAAUCUCUGCAUCAGGUUUCCUUCUUGUACAGUGAUCGAGGGAUUCCAGAUGGAUACAGGCACAUGAAUGGAUAUGGAUCACACACUUUCAAGCUGGUUAAUGCGGGUGGAGAGGCAAUUUACUGCAAAUUCCAUUAUAAGACUGACCAGGGCAUCAAAAACCUUUCUAAUGAAGAUGCAGCAAAAAUUUGCCAGGAAGAUCCUGACUAUGGCAUCCGGGAUCUUUUUAAUGCCAUUGCUACAGGCAACUACCCAUCCUGGACUUUUUACAUCCAGGUCAUGACGUUUAGUCAGGCAGAAACUUUUCCAUUUAAUCCAUUUGAUCUUACCAAGGUUUGGCCUCACAGCGACUACCCUCUUAUCCCAGUUGGUAAACUGGUCUUAAAUCGGAAUCCAGUUAAUUACUUUGCUGAGGUUGAACAGUUGGCCUUUGACCCAAGCAACAUGCCGCCGGGCAUUGAGCCCAGCCCUGACAAAAUGCUUCAGGGUCGCCUUUUUGCCUAUCCUGACACUCACCGCCACCGCCUGGGACCCAACUAUCUUCAAAUACCUGUAAACUGUCCCUACGGUGCUCGAGUGGCCAACUACCAGCGUGACAGCUUCAUGUGCAUGUUUGAUAAUCAGGGUGGUGCUCCGAAUUACUACCCCAAUAGCUUUAGUGCUCCAGAACAACAGAUUCGUGCCCUGGAACCCAGCACCCCAUGUUCCGGGGAUGUGCGGCGCUACAACAGUGCCGAUGAGGAUAACGUCACCCAGGUGCGGACCUUCUACAUGAAGACACUGAAUGAAGAGCAGAGGAAACGCCUGUGUAGUAACAUUGCCCACCAUCUGAAAGAUGCACAGCUUUUCAUCCAGAAGAAAGCAGUCAAGAACUUCAGUGAUGUCCAUCCUGAGUAUGGGGCCCGCGUCCAGGUUUUUUUGGAUAAGUACAACGCCAAGAAAUCUAAGAAGGGCUUUACAAAGCAUGAGUCUUCCUUGGCUGCAGUGGAGAAAGCUAAUCUGUGAGGAUCGGGGCCCUGGUCUGGAGUCAAGUUGCAAAACCAUGGUAUUUACACAUGGAAUCACUCAUUGCUGGAUAGAAGAUUCUCCUGUGCUGGAUGCGCAAGUACAAGUGUAUGUUUUUAAAAUGAUAAUCCAGGUUUCUGUAGCAAAUAAUGUAAUAAUGGCUUUUAAUGCUAUUUUCCUGGGGGAAAUAAAGGUUAGGACUUAACAGUCACUUGAAAGGAA